GACAGCUGUCUUCAGUUCGUGGAGGACCGACGUCAGUGUUUGUGCUGCUCCGGGGGAAGAUGGCGGAGGCUGCGGCUGUUCCACCGCAUCGGUUUUUCUGUCACUGUUGUAAAGGAGAAGUAAACCCCAAACUCCCGGAGUAUAUCUGUCCAAGAUGUGACUCGGGAUUCAUCGAGGAAGUGACAGAAGAUUCCAGUCUCCUAGAGGGUGUCGCUAACGGGAUAGAUGACGCAGCCACACAAUUUGCAGAGCUAUGGCACCUGUUGUUACUGGAGCGGCCAUUUACAGCCGAGGGUGACACGCCCGACUCAGAACCUCGGCUCCCCGGAGGGCGCCUGGGGGGUCUCAGUGACCUUGGAGGGUUGGGAGGGGGACCAAUCGGAGGGUCGGUCCCGGCAGGCCUCGGGGGACCAAUGGGCGGUCUACUAGGAGCCGGGGACCACUGGGGACCAGGACGUCCCCCCCGCCUGCACAGCCAGAGGAGAUACCGGUCCAGAGGCAGCAGUAGACCAGACCGCUCGCCCGCUGUGGAGGGGAUCGUACAACAGUUUCUCGCCGGCCUCUUUGCCAACUCUGGAGUCCCUGGCUCCCCCCCCCUCUCAUGGACAGGGAUGUUGCACUCUAACCCAGGAGAUUACGCCUGGGGACAGGGGGGGUUAGACGCUGUGAUAACGCAGUUACUAGGUCAGUUGGAUAACACGGGACCUCCUCCAGCAGAGAAAGAGAAGAUCUCUUCUCUCCCUACUGUCAAUAUUUCUCAGGAACAAGCAGACUGCUGUAUGGAAUGUCCGGUGUGCAAAGAAGACUUUGCAGUGGGAGAGCCAGUCAGACAGCUACCCUGUAACCACUUCUUCCAUUCAGACUGUAUAGUACCGUGGCUGGAAAUGCAUGACACAUGUCCAGUGUGUAGGAAGAGUUUGAACGGAGAAGACAGCAGCAGCCAGCCCCCAUCAGAGUCCCCCACCCUCUCCAUGGACCCCCGCACACAGGAGAGAUGGUCCUUCUAAGACACCCCCCCCUCAUCCCUCGGAUCUCCUCGCCUCCAUCCAACAACACACAGAAGACAAAGCGCUUAUCGCUUUCCUCUUUUCAUCUCUGUGACCGUCUUAAUCAUCUCAAGUCUGAUGUUUUUUUUGUACUUUUUCUUUUUUAAUGCCUUUCUCCUCAUGUAAAAAGAAAAAACCCGUACAGACGUCUUAACAGUCAGUUGAGGUCUGGAAGAUCUUUUUUUUCUUUGCCUCCUUAAAAACAGCUUAGAUUGACGAUCAAGCCUAUGUCUUCGCUACGUCCACCUCUAAAGCAAACUCCAUUGAUGUUGAAAUGCACUGCUCCAAUACACUAUUGUGGGGAAAUUUCAGACUUUAUAUCACAUGCCAUCUUUACUCAUCAGAAUAUUCGUUAAAACUGAGCCCCACACGGCAAAUGGGAACACCUUUACUGGUUGGAGUCUGGACUUAACAUGAACACCUAAAACCCUGGAUGAUAAGUUUAUCACGGGUAUAUCGAUACUUUUUUUGAUGGGAUUUUGUAGGAAAUAUCUUGAUUGAACUCGUUAUUUAUUUUGGCAAUGAUGUAAAAGGUGUUCAUGUUAUUAUGUCCACUCUCUAAUGUACAGAUAGUUUUUUUUCUUUAGGAAUCCUGCUCAGUUGCUGCCACAAAUGGGGGAAGAAAAAUUAAAUAGACCAGUAAAGGAAUUCAGUUGGCCCAUUGUGUAGUUAUUUACAGUAAAACAUAGUCACCCCCCCCCAGUUUUAUUCCUCCGUCGAAUGCUGUCGUUUCACAUUUUUUAUCACUUUUUUGAUGUAAAUAAUUUUAGCCCAACAACUUAUGGUUUGCAAAGGAAAAGAACAUUCAGAAUGGAGAUAAAAAUGUGAAAUUACCUGGUUAUCAAACUGUAUAUUAUAUAUAUGAAAAAUGUCUAUGAUGUAUUAAAAAAUUGACAAAUGGU